GGUGGUGGAAAUUGAGAGAUUUGCAAAAAUAUAUUUUCUAGAGAGAGAAAACUCCUUCCUUCUUCGUCUUCUCUCCCCCCUCUCUUUCUCUCUCCUCGUAUCUUCUCAAAUUGCGUUCUCUGCUAAUCACUGUUUUUCGGGGUUGUUGCAAAUUGUGAAUUUUCUCUCUCCGCUAAUCCAGCUUUUAUUGAAAAUUCAUCAACAAUUUUCAUUGAAUUAUCCGUUUUCUCUCUCCUGGAAACUUUUGAUUUCUCUUCAAGUUCGAGCUCUGAAAUUUGCAUGCUGAAAUUUCAAUUUGUUAAUUUCUAUCUUAAACAUUUGAUUUCGCAAUUGAAAUCCUGAUCUGUGUUUAAAAAGGAUGUUGUUGAUUCAUUAAAUCAAUUGGAAAGGUUUCAUGAUCAUCAAUUAACUGUUGUUGAUUAUUUGGUUGGGAGAUUUUCGGAAGUUAGGGUUUCGAAUUUGAUACCAAGUGUCGAAGCAAUUCGUCGCUUUUUGUUGAAGAAUUUGAUGUAAUGGUGGUGACGCUUCUGAAAAAGUAAGUGAAAAUUGAGGGGAAUUUGGUAACAAUAGCAGUGACGGAUCCUUCAAUAGAGUAUAGAGGGUGUGAUUGUUCAGCUGGUCUGGAGUGCUUAGUCAAUAUAAUCAGGGCCCUGAAGAUGGGGUCCUGCUUAUCUGCGGAAAGCAGGAGCCCUCUUCCCGGUUCUCCAUCCUCAGCUUUAGGGAUUAGGAAGAGGAAGAACUCUAAGAAGCGAUUCGGUUCUCGAAGUUCUUCCUUUGAUUAUAAGAGGGAUGAAUACCUAUACAAGAUCCCAGGAAGGUUGUUCUUUAAUGGGUCGACCGAGGUCGCCUCAUUGUUUACACAGCAGGGGAAGAAGGGAACCAACCAGGAUGCUAUGCUUGUAUGGGAGAACUUCUGCUCAAGAAAUGACACAAUCUUUUGUGGGAUUUUUGAUGGACAUGGACCAUAUGGACAUUUGGUUGCUAGGAAAGUUAGGGAUUCCCUUCCACAGAAACUACAUGCUCAGUGGGAAGUGCAUGCAAAAAGUGAAGAAGUUCUCAGGGAGAUCAGUCUUAACUCCAGUAGCAUGAAUUCAGAAGCUACUUCCUUCAUAUCUGCUGAGGAAGAAUCCAGGGUCUCUGUAGAUCUUGAAGAAACAGACAAGGACCCAGAAAUCUUCCAGAUCCUGAAAGAAUCCUUUCUAAAAGCUUUCAGAAUCAUAGACCGGGAAUUGAGAGUACACGCAAGUGUUGAUUGCUUUUGUAGUGGGACAACAGCGGUGACAUUCAUCAAGCAGGGGCAAGACCUUGUUAUUGGAAAUGUUGGUGACUCGAGAGCUGUGUUAGGAACCAGAGAUAAUGACGAUAAUCUAGUUGCUGUGCAGUUGACUGUGGAUCUCAAACCAAAUCUGCCAGCCGAAGCAGAGAGAAUUAAGAAGUGUAGAGGUCGUGUUUUUGCGCUUCAAGAUGAACCUGACGUGUCCCGGGUUUGGCUCCCCAAUAGUGAUUCACCAGGUCUUGCCAUGGCACGAGCUUUUGGAGACUUCUGCCUUAAGGAUUAUGGCCUUAUAGCAGUGCCUGAUGUAUCAUAUAGACGUCUCACUGAGAAGGAUGAAUUCAUUGUCUUGGCUACCGAUGGUAUUUGGGAUGUCCUCUCGAACAAAGAAGUGGUUGACAUUAUAGCAUCAUCACCUUCAAGAUCAACUGCUGCUAAAGCUCUGGUUGAAACAGCUGUUCGAGGAUGGAAAAUGAGAUACCCAACUUCUAAAAUCGAUGAUUGUGCUGUUGUUGUUCUAUUUCUCGACUCAAACACAAACAUGUCUUCUUCUUUCUCUACCAAAGAGAAAGAACAACUAGUUUCAUCAGAACAACCAACAAUGGCUGAGAAAGAGGAUGCUGCUAAUGGCCUGACCACCAUUGAUAGGUCUGCAACUGUUAGCAAUGAUGAUGAUGAUGAUGAAGAUGAUGCUACUGAGGAUGAUAUGCUGUUAGAAGACUACUCAGCAUUGGAAGGCGUGACUCGGGUUAAUACCCUGUUGAACUUACCGAGGUUUACACCCGGGAAAAUAGGACAAUAAAGGAAGCUUCCGGAAGAGACGAGACGAAGGCCCCGAGCUAUGAAAGAAGCAGAAGGGUCAGGUUGGACUUAAGAUUUCUAUUAUUUUUAAUUGUUAUUUGUUCAUUUAUAGUUUUAUUUUAUCUUUUUGUUUCUCAUAGUUUUUUACUGUCUACAGAAGUUGUAAUUUGGUCAGGAUAGACUUGCCCAGUUAUAUUAGGGUCCUGGGAAGUAAAAUCCUCUAUAUAGCUGUAGUUUUUGUUAGCCUUAAAUUUUGUAAAAUCAUUUUAAAAAAAAAGAACAUUGUAAUUUGUUGGUUAUUAUUUGCCCCUUCUGAGAAAAACCUCGGCCAGAUGCGUUAA